AUGUUUGUUAGCCUUCAUGCUUUACUUCCAGAUCUACCCUCUAAGGUUGAUAAGUCAACCAUUGUGGAUGCAGCAGUGAAAGAAAUAAAAAAUUUACAACAGAUUCUUGAAAAUCUAGAAAAGAAGAAGCAAGACAAGCUUAAAUCUAUGUCCCGAUUUAUGAGUGAGUCUUCAUCUGUGAUGAACUCACAAUUGAAUUCAUAUGAAUCAACAGAAACUAUCAUAAUUGAUCAGGGAUCCUAUAGUUAUAAUAAUAAAUUUCCUAUUAGUGUAAUUGAAACUUCAAAUACGUUAUCGUUAUAUGCACCUCCACCGAAACAAGUAGCUUUUUAA